ACAACGAUGACUCAACCCAGCAUUCGUGUCGUUGUACGAAUACCUCACAAUCGUCCUGAAGCCCCCGAGCAAGUGCUGGCCGAUCCCCCUCGAAUAGAAUGGAAUUCGGACAAGGCGGAUGUGCUUUGGAAAGUGAUUGAACGUUCCAGGUCAAAAGAUGGAGCUGCUCCAGAUUGGAAAGGCCUGGCUGCUCAUCUCGAGGUUCCUCUCCCAUACUUGCUCUAUCGUGUACAUUCUCGGUUUCAAGAGGAGCUCCGUGGAAUACAAGAUAUCUCGGGAGUGUCUAGUCCUUCAAUGUUGCAAUUUGCCAACAAACCCUUCGAGGAUUCACCGACAACGGAGACUACGAGUAGCGUCAAACAACACCCACUCAUCUCGCGUGCAGCCAGCCGAUUGAAUGGCAGUGGGCGUAUGUCUCCGUCUGGAACAAGGAUAGCAACACCAAUUGGGGUUCGAGCUCGCCUGAGUUCUCUCGGAAGCAACUCAUCGCGACCUAAGAAGGCAACUUCGUCAUCAACAUUAACAGUACAAGCUUCCAAAAAGGCAGCGCGGCCCCUAAGUCCUACAUCCGGGUCAUCAGAUGGCACCGAUUCCGAAGAAGACGAGAAUAAAUUGGAAGAGGAGGAGGAAAAGAAAGCGGAGGAACAGGAAACUCUUGAUCGAAAGCUGCAAGACCUCCAGCAAAUGGUGAUGAAUGUUGGCUUGGUCAGCGCGCCUUCUCGACCUGGCACAUCGAUGCACAAGGGAAAAGCUAGAGAUGUUCCCCGUGGUCGCAUGGGAGCAGCCUCAGCAGUGACCUCGCCAAUGAACGGGAGCUUUCGACAAGACAACCGGUCAAGUCCCAUGAGCGUCUCCAGCGUGAGCUCAGCACCAGGGUCGAUUCCCGACAUGCCUUCUCCACCACCCGAUUCCCAAUCCCAUUCACCAAUGAGUCGACAUCUCUCGCCUAGCAAAUCGACAAGUCCACCAACACUUUCGCCUCGUAGUGCCCUUGGACAGUCGCAUCGACGGUAUAGCGCGUUUACUAGUGACCAGAGCAGCAGUCAUGGUUCCGAAGCGUCAACGGGUAGCUUUAGCGAUAUAAGUGAUUUGAAUGAUGGAAGUCUUUCUGCAUCUGCCCUUGAAAGUGCAUUAUUAUCCAACAUCAGGAAGAAUGGGUCACGGGUUUCGUCGACUUUCAGUCGAACGAGUCGCCUCACACGAUAG